UAAAAAAUAAAAAUUAAAAAAAGUCAAAUUAUUAAGUAAAUUAAUUGUAAUUACUCGUUAUCUAUAUGUGCAUGCGUGUGUAGAUAUUUUAAAAAAGUUCUCAGCAAAGCAGAAAAUGUCUAUUUGUGCAUAUCCACCUCAAGUGCGUAUCUAUGAGGAUUUCGAUAAGAUGAGUGCGAAAGAAGUGUAUUACAACGAAGCCGGCAAUAAGAUCACAGUGAAAUUGUUGCACUUUCCAGAUAUACCACCAGAAGAGGUGGAUAAAAUUAAAUUCGAAGAUGAUGAUGUAGAUAUGGAUAAAAUGGAUAUAACCGCAAGAAUUGCUAAUAGCAAUGAAAAUUUAAAUGGCAUUGAACAAGCAAUAGAAGCAGACGAGUUUCUCAAUGCUAACAAUAUGGCUGCUGAAGAAGAAGCUGAUGCAGAAGAUGAAACCAAUACAAAUUCACAUGGUAGCAGUCCUAAAAAAGUCUUACGAAAAAAAUCUUCCGGUAGCUUAACUCAUGCACGUAAGUGUAGUAUGGCCUUUGCGCAGGCGCAUGGUCUACAACAAGAACCACCGACUAUUUUGGUGCCUACGAAAACUGCCACUUUAAAUAUGGAUAGCAUGGCUAUGGAUACGGAUGCUGGUGUGACCAUAGGUCGUGUAGCUUUACGCCGUCAAAUGCAUCAUUUACACAGACGUUCACCAUCACCUCAUGGUAAUGGUAAUAACACAUUUUCACCCGGUUAUGUGCAGUAUUCGAAGUCUUUGUUGGAAGUGCCUUUGCCACGUGAUUAUGGUUACGCUUCCAGUGAUGACUUGAGCUCCGAAUGGGAUUCUGAUGUGUCAACCAAUUCGGCAAGUCGCGGUCUAACGCAAGUUAAAAAG